GUGCCUUUGACCGUGUCGCGCUGACGGUGGGCCGCCUGCCGACGCGAGACUGUGCGUUACCCCGCGCAACCCGAGAACGAGACAGAGACGCGCCCCGGGGACGCCGACGUGCGCGACGCUAAAUGGCUAUCGCGGGAUAAAGGGCGUACUUGGUCCGUGCAGUGUUUCUCGAGAAGAGCGAGGUGCGGCCGCGCGAGGAUACGGCCCCCGAGAGGGACGCGAGAAACGAUGGAGAAGCGGCAGGAGGUCCUCGCUCCGUUUUCCUCCGACGAGUGUCCGAACAGCGGCGAGGACAGCGAGGAAGAUGUAAUAACUGAUUACCUUGGCUCAUCGCACUCCGACUGCGAUCGCGUGCUGCCUAUCAUUAAUGGGGAUCUACGCGGCCUGAGUUUACACGGCGGCAUAAUCACGGAGACCGGCUACAACACCAAAGACAAUACCGACAAAGUACCGAUCACCAUGUCCGAAAGCGGCGACGAGCAGCAGCACCACCAGCAGCAGCAACAGCAGCAGCAACACCACCCGUUACUCGCACUCGGCACUAAUAUACAAGCCCAGCCUAAUCCUCUAGUGCCCAUCAUUAGCGUCACGCCUCAUUCGCCCGGUGUGGCCAAAAAUUAUCCGGUUCUAGAGGAAAAUUUGCAACAACUGCAUGAGAUUCACGACUGCAUCCAGCGUAUGCGAGACUUGACACUAGGCACUCUGGGAUGCCACAUUCGCGCCUCCAACGACGCUCCACAAAGAUUGACCUCCUCCUGCCCGUCCCUGUGCCCGCUGGCUUCGGCCGAGCUCGCGUCUCGUUCCGGCAAUCAUCAUCACCACGACACCGGUUCUGACCCAGACCUUCUCCUCGGCAAUUGCUCCACGAACAGCUCCCCGACGCAUUUCCCGUCAGCGAGUAGUCAUACCCGCUCGCAACAGGCGCAAGGUAUAGAUCGGAGACGCAGCUGGACCGGAGAUCUGGAGGAUUUGGAGGAGAGCCGACGCGGCCGCCGCCGGUACUCCGGACAGAAUCAUCUGCAAGUCCAAAAUAUGGUUAAUAUUGCCCGUUACUUGUUGAAACCAGGGCAUGAUUCUAUCUCGCGACAACGCAGCAUUAGUUUAAGUAGCCUAGACAGCGAAAACGAGCUAGAAUUAGAUGGAAAAUCAUGUAGCGGAUCUGCAAGCGUAAGCAAUCGGGCAUGCAGGUCGCAAACGAGCACGCACUCGCUGAACGAAGCUGAUCUUAUACAGAACGAAUAUCAGAAGAUAGUCACAAAGAGGGGUAGUCAGAGAUUAGCAGAAAGUAGCAGUCUAAUGCCAGGACUGACUUCGCGUUUACCACUUCAGAAAUCUAUAUCGACGCCCUCGAUCGUUACACCGCAAGUUCACGCGCAUUUAAACGAAACCGGAACUCGAACGACACCUUCACUUGCAGCCCGUCGUGAAAGAAACGAAAAGGGUAGUGGGAGUGAGACAGAAACUGAAGAUCUUCAUACACCACACAGCCACGAAUUCCAUGAAGACCGGGAGGGCACUCCGAAUGUCCAAAUAUCCCUUGACGAGCUUUUGACCGAUGGCACUGCAUACGAUGAUCAUCAUUCCGAAAAGACUAGAAGAAAGCGCGGUUCUAUUUUCUUCCGCAAAAAGAAGGAUAAAAGCGGAAAGAAGACUAGUCAACAGCAUCAGUGGGUAACGACGACGGUGGGAACUCAGGGAAGCUUAUUAUGUGAUGUUUGUAUGAAACAUUCGACGAAUAAACCGCUCCUUCACUGCGACAAUUGCGGAGCGUCGGUUCAUCAAAGUCAGGGAUGUAAGGAUCAAUUAAUGCUGGAGUGCAUCAAGUCCAAACAUCACUCCGGAAAAUCCGCAGCAAAGUCUUCAUCUAACGUUUCCACAAUGUCGAGUAACAGCAGCGUCAACAAACGGGGUUCCACGACGUCACUGCCUUUACCGACAUCAUCCGGAAGCGGAAGGGAAAUUAACAGCCACAAGAAAACCGUGUCAAGCUACAGCCCUUGGCGGCGAGUCGCCACUAAGCUUGGAGUCAAUCAAACGAUAAACGAAGAAAAAGAUGCCGAGGGCGGGCAACAUCGUGAUCUUCCCAGCGGAUGGGAAGAAUUUGACUUUGGGGACGAUGUUCAUCAGUUCACAGUGGCAGAUCUCGAGGAGAUAGAUCCCGAGCUGACGUUGGGAAAGGAGGAGCCCGAUUCUUGGAGCUCCGCGAUCGGACGUAACAUUGCGUUACGUCUCGUCGAUCAUUGCGAGCGCGAGGUGAAGAGGCAGGAACAUAUAUACGAAUUCGUGCUGACGGAGAAGCACCAUUGUUUGGUAUUGCUCGCCAUGGAGAAGAUCUUUGCGGAAGGAUUGCGACGACACUUUCGUCUAGGUCAGCCGGAUCUCGAGCGCAUGUUUCCCCGACUACGGGAUCUGAUCGACAUCCAUUUACGGUUUCUGCAGAAGCUGUGGAAACGACAGAAUGCUAAUCCCGUGGUCUCCACGAUCGCCGACAUUCUAGUCGAGCAAUUCUCGAGCGAUAACGCACAACGCAUGAAGAGUGCGUAUGGGGAAUUCUGUAGUCGUCAUCGGGACGCCGUUGAAGCGUACAAGUAUUACUUGCGUAACGAUCCUCGCUUCGCCCGUUUUGUUCGCCACUGUCAGACGAAUCCUUUGUUGAAAAAGAAAGGUAUACCUGAAUGUAUACUCUUUGUUACUCAACGUUUGACGAAGUAUCCGUUGCUGAUCGAGCCGCUCAUCAAAACCGGCGUUACACAAGAUGAAGGUGAAGACUUACGUAAAGCACUGGUCCUUGUUAAAGAGAUUUUAGCUGAUGUAGAUGCCUGUGUAGCCGACAAAGAACGAGAAGAUAGAAAAUUAGAAAUAUACAAUAAGAUCGACGCGAAGUCAUUCGCGACGUAUCGUGGUGCCAAAUUCAAGAAGUCGGAUAUAAUUAACAGAAUCCUGAAAUUCGAGGGCACUGCAUACUUAAUGCAAGGUCGUGGCAAAAUGACUGCCAUUGUAGUGGUCGUUCUCUCAGAUAUAUUGUUUUUCUUGGCUGAGAGAGAUCAGAAAUACGCGUUCUUCGUGCCUGACAAUAAAGCGGGUAUAGUAUCGCUGCAGAAGCUACUGGUUCGCGAAAAGGCCCGUCAAGAAUCUAGCAUUUACCUGAUAAGCAGUAAUCCAGCCGAACCGGAAAUGUUCGAGCUAAAAAUUCAGAAGCCAAAGGAUAAACAAUUAUGGAUACGGGCUAUUCGAUCAGCGGUCGAGACUUGCCCGCAAGAUCCUGAAAACGAGGCCGACACGCUGACUGAAAAUAGUAAAGAGUUGCGAGACACUCGCUCCUCCUCGAUUUCGCUGAUCUCCAUCGAAGAGAAGCAGCGUAUUGCCAAGGUUAAGGAGUCGCAUAUACUUAGAAUUGUCGGCGAAUUGCGAAAGAAAGAUGCAGAGCAGGCGUCGCUGUUUGAGGAGAAGAUCAACUUGCAAAUGCGGCUUUUACAAGCGGCGAAUGUCUGCGCGAACGAGAGCGAUAAUGAGAGAAUUGAAAAGCACGAGAAGGAAGGUGCCGAUUACACCCGAUUGGUGCACAAUGAAGGAACUGAUACCACUCAAUUGUGGCAAGAGGUGGUUGUGGCCGUGCAAGAAGCGACACGUCUUGCUAGCACACUGUCAUUCAGCGCGGGUGGCGGUACUCUAUCGCGAAGCUUAAGCUCCGCCGGCGAACGCCACAGCGAAGCUUACAUUCCGCCUGCUCUUUGCGUUCCUCGAAGGGCCGAAACGUUUGCUGGUUUCGAUCACAAUAAAGAGAGAUACCCGCUGCGUGAUUCGAACACGUUGCACACUGUGAUCCCUGUUACGAAACCCGGUGAAUUACCUAAAGAAACUGCCGACGAGAAGGACGGCCAAGAAUUGGAGACAAGCAAGGAUCAGCAGUGGGCGGCGAUACGUUUGUCUCAUCACGUUUAUACGUUACUCUGUAUAAUAAGUAAUCAGAUGACAACGAUCGACAGUCUACAAGCGCAACUGGUCGCAUGUAAGGAGGGCAGUAUGGGCAAGUCGUCCAAUAGCCGACCGAAUCCGAAUCGUCAGUUGGAAGAGCUGCGGAACUUGCAGGAUCAGCUUUGUCGAGAAAAAGCGGCGUUUCGCGCCGCAUCUCAGCAGGAGAAGACCCAGCUGGAAGAGGAACGAGCCGAGUUGGCGCGGCAGAGGGAGCAAUUGGCCGCGGAGCAGCGGGACGUAACGCAACAACGGGAUCAGUUGUAUCGACGACUCGAGGCAUUGGAGCGACAGGGCGUAACGCUGGUCGGAAGUUCCACGACCGGCUCGACGAUGAUUCACCUAUCUCACUUGACGCAGAACGCCGAAACGAUGCAGCAAAGCGCGCGCAGCAAGGCACAACCCGACGCGAAACGCAUUCCUCUGAAUCUGAUCAGUGCAACAAAUCAGCAGAAAGUGCAGAGUAACUUGCCGAUCAAACAACAGCUGCCGCUGAAGCUCGCCAGCGGAAGUAACAAUAACACAAGAAGCGGUAGCACCGCGAGCAACAAUAGUCCGGAUCGGCAUUCCAGGGCGGGCAGCAGCCCAGCGAUCGUCACUGGAUCCGUAUACUCGUCGCCAGAGCUCGGGAACAGUCACCAUCACGGAAUCUGCGGGAAUAACACGCAUUCGUCGAAUCGUUCGCUUCGCAUCACUCGCUCACCGCCCGACACCUCGUAUGCGCAUCAGCAAGCGCAGCAACAACAGCAUCAGCAGCAGCGAAACGCGGAGCCGCAACCGCAACCUCCACCGCCGCAGCAACAGCAGCAGCAGCAGCAGCAGCAACAACAACAACCGUUGGAGGAGGAGGUGAUCUUCUUCUGACGAUUCUUUCGAUUCGGUCGCAAGCAUUCGUCGCGUUCGUCGCGCGCCAGCGCCGCCGCCACCACCGGUACGACUACGCCAACUUUAA